AUGAGCCCAAAGAACGACUCCGGUUUCAAGGUCGAGCCUUUCGACGGCUCGAACUAUGGGUUGUGGAGUUACAAGAUGAAGAUGUACCUGAUGUCGAAGGGGCUGUGGGGCGCGAUCGCGGGCGAUGAGACAACAAGUGAGGCCAAGGAACAGCAAGCCCACGCCGCGAUCGUGCUGAAUCUGAGCGAUUCACAGUUGAUGCAUGUCAUCGACUCGGCCACCGCAAGAGAAGCGUGGGGACGUCUGGCGCGAUUUCAUCACAGUCAUGACAUGGCGAAUCGACUUUGGCUGAAGGAAAAGUUCGCGUCGUUCAAGUAUGCAGCAUCAAGCAUGAGCGGUCAUGUGAUGGAGCUGGAGGACCUCGUGAUGAAGAUGAAGCGCGCGAACUGCGGUCCAAGUGAAGAGGACGUGUGCGCAGUACUGUUGCGGAGUCUACCUUCAAGCUUCGAGAGCUUGGUACAGGCAUUCCGCAUGUCCGUCGCAAGCUUCAGUUUCAGUGACCUCGUGAGCAAGUUGAUCGCCGAAGAAGUGCGCCAGAAUGAGGGAGCACGAGUAGAAGAUGCAACGGCGCUCUACGCAGGCAAGAGGAAGGGUAAGCAGUACCCGAAGAAGCAACAAGGACGGCGCGCGAAAGGACCAUCAGGGACCUGCUACAACUGUGGCAAGGUCGGACACUACGCCAGAGAUUGUCGCUCCGGUCGAGGGCCAAGGGAGCAACAGCAUGACCAGUCGAAUGUCGCGUUUCAUGCCAGCGAAGGUUUCGCGAGCAACAGCUGGGUCAUGGACAGUGGCGCGUCAGCACACAUGUGCAAGGAUCGAGAUGCGUUCGAAGAGUACGAAGAAGUGCAUCAUGCGCGAAGCAUUUCAAGCGCAAAGAGCGACGUGAAGCUGAAUGUCAUUGGACAUGGGACAGUGAAGCUGCGCGUCUGGACAGGACAUGCGUGGAUCGACGCUCGCCUUGAGAACACACUUCACGUUCAAGAUUUGUCCAAGAACCUGUUUUCGCUCACGGCUGCGGCAGCGCGCGGCAUGACAGUGGAGAUAACGCGCAACGAGUGCGUGGUCAAGCGUGGCGGCACACCCGUCGCAACAGGAAGGAAGCAGGGGUUCCUCCUGUAUCUCAAUGCUGACUGUGGUACGGAGUGCCACAUGGCCGAAGACGAUACAGAGCUAUGGCAUAGAAGAUUGGGUCACGUGUCGUAUGGUACGCUGAAUGCCAUGGUCAAGGACGGAAGGAUAAAGGGCGCAACGAUGAAGACGAACGUUGCGUGUGACGUAUGCGCAACGUCAAAUCAAGUGCGCAAGUCAUUCAAGACAAGUGAAGAAGACGCUGAAACCAGGUAG